ACGUGGGAGGGGGAAAACAGGGCAGGAGCACGUGGAGGGCAGGGGGGGAAAGGGGGGAUGGAGGAGAAGAAAAGGAGGAACAAUGGCGGCUGCUCCGGCACAGACAGGUAGAUAUUAGAGAGAGAGAGAGAGAGAGAGAGAGAGAGAGAGAGAGAGGCAAACGGGUGGCGAGCGGUGUCAACAGCGAAACCUGGGGCUAUUUGUGACACUUGACCACGUUGUGGACUCCUGGCAGCGUGUAUGGACUUGGAAGGGGUAUAAUUGCAAAUCAACGACUUGCGAAGGGGGGUAGAAGACGCGAGAGCUGUACAUAAGAGGAGAUAAAAAUAGAGGAGGAUAUAGAGAGGUGGCAUGCCCCAGGUCUUUGUGGCUAUGCCUGUCUGCUGGCACCAGGAGUCGUCAAAAGACGUGCGUGCGUGCAUGCAUGCAUGCAUGCAUGCAUGGCUUUUGACGCUGAGGAAGGGGAGAGUUGGAACCUGUGACGUACCCAGUUGAUGAUGAGGACAUUGAGGAGAUUAAUUAAUCAAUGAACUAAUUAGUCAAAAUAAUUAAUUAAUCUCAAUUAAUCAGCGAGCCGAUGAAAUGGAUGAAGCUUGUUUGUGCAGAUCUGAUAAAAAAAGGAGGAUCGAAGCUUGUUGGACUCUUUUUGACUGAUCUCUGGACGUAAUUGCGGUCAGAUACAUCCAGGAAGAAGAGGAAAAGAAAGGGCAUGUGAGGGAGGAAGAAGGGGAACUUAAGGAAGAAAAGUGUUAAGGGCACACUCACACUUGGACAUUUCGGCGGAUCUCUGGACGUAAUUGCCGUCAGAUACAUCCAGGACUUCCAGUCACUGCGUUUUUCCAAUCAGAAAUGGUCUUUUCCUAAAAUGGACGCCAUUUCUGUGGAUAAGGCAAAGAUCCGUUGUGGAUAAGCCAAAGAUCAGUUGUGGAUAAGGCGAAGAUCAGUUGUGCAUCUCUCUCUCUCUCUCUCUCUCUCUCUCUCUCUCUCUCUCUCUCUCUCUCUCUCUCUCUCUCUCGCUAGUUACAGAUGUGCUCAUCGGAGACGUUGAAUGUGACCUCAUCUUUUUAGCAUCUACGUAGUCCUCUGAUGCGUAAGUUAAAUAGUUCCUUUUUUGGAAAUUUCGUUCUGGAUUCAGUUCUCCCUUGCGAUUUACGAUCAUGAUGGCUUACCCUUUCUUCUUUUGUAGGGGUCAUUCCUAUUCUGGUAGGUGCGUCCUGUCCCUCGUGGGGGUGUUCUAUCUUCUCCUUUUUCUGAGCUUGCCUUAUGCUGAGCUCGCUGCAAGCUCGCCGCCCGACGACGGAUCUGGCGAUAGCGACGCCGUUGACGUCACCGCCGAUCCCGACUGGAACUCGUGGGUCCAGUCCUUCCAAUCAAGCGACGGCAACCGUCGCCCCCCUGCCGCCUCCUCGUCUGCUGCUCUCCCCGAACCCCGCCUGCCUCCUGACGACUCGGACAAGUAUGGCGAUGAUAAAUCGGGUUUAGGAUCGGGAUCAGGUUCAGGAUCGGGAUCAGGGUCGGGAUCAGGGUCGGGAUCAGGGUCGGGAUCGGGCAUGAUUCGGAGGGGGAGAGCUCCUCCAAAGCACGAUCAUAGCGAGGAGGAGGAAGAAGGGGAUGGUGAAGGAGACGAAGAGGACUGCAUUGAAGAAGAUGGCUAUGGCGGAAGCAUUGACGAGGAGGGGGAGGGGGAGGAGUGUGAUUGCUCCCCGUCGGGAACUGGUAAAGGAGAGAUCCGGUCUUCUUCAGCGAAGAGGGAGAGCGGCGAUGAUUCCCCCCCCCCUGCGCACGAUGGGGGGGGAAGAAAGGUUGAGGAACCGAGAGAUGCCCCUCACGGUGGGGACGGUGGAGAUGGCGGCGCUGGUGGUGAUGGACAUGGUGGCAGAGGCGGCUACGGAGGUAGCGGUGAGGGCAACGGAGAUGGCGCACAUGGCGAUGGUGAUGGUGACGGUGGUGAUGGACAUGGUGGUAGUGGAAAGGGAGGAGACGAUGGGCAAGGUGGCGAUCAUGGUGGAAGCAGUGGCAGCGCCCAGCACACCGGUGGUUGUGGAGGUGCAAAUGGAAAGCACGGCGAUGGCGGAAGCAGCAGCGACGACGAUGGCGAUGGCGGGAGGAGAAACAGAUGUCCGCAUGAGGGAGACAGUGGAGGCAGCAGCGAUCACAGCAGCCAAAGACAAGGAGGAGGAGGACAAGCUCCCGACCAUGGUGGCGAUGGCGGCGAUGGUGGUCAGCGAUCGUCGCACGAAGGAGCCAGGGUAGGAGACGGUAAUGGUCAUGCUGCUGGCGGUGACGAAGACGAUAAGCACAAGCCUCGUCAACGUGGUGAUGGCGAUGGUGGAGAAGCUUCCAAGCACGGUGGCGAUGGUGGUCAGGGUGCUGGCGAUGGUGGGGGGGAUGGUGGUAAGCGGAAGCGAUGUCGGUGCGGCCAACGUGGCUCAACAGGAUCACAAACUCGUCGGCAUGGUGAUGUUGAUGGUGAGGAUGACGAUAAUGGUAGUGAGAAAGGCGACGGUGGAGGGGGGGAGCAUAGUGGUGGGGACCGUUAUGGCCAUGAUGAUGAAGGAGGAGGAGGAGGAGGAGGAGGAGGAGGAGGAGGAAGUGGAAGAGGAAGUUCUGAAGGACAACGUGGGAGAAGAGGAGGGUCACGUCAUGGCGAUGGCGAUGACUCCGAUGAGGAUGACGACAAGGACAAGGAGAAGGAUAAGACGACCAAAGGAGGGGAAUCGAGUGGCCGCCGUCGGCGGCGUUGUCGGCCGAAAUCUACGCUCGGUAAUGUCCCUGGAAUGAAGGGGCAUCCUAGCAAAUGGGGAACCGUGACCCCUUUUCCCAAAAUCAAGGGUGCCAAAUUGCUCGUCGUCGGGAAAAAAGGACAAAAGGGGGAGAAUGGAGAAGAACCGGACUACGAAACGAUACAGGAGGCGAUCGAUUCCGUACCCCUGAAAAACACUCGACCGACAAUUAUCUACAUUUUGAAGGGAAAAUACAAGGAGAAGGUCGAGGUGGUAGCAACUCGGGAUCAUAUAUAUCUCAGGCUAACUCUCGGUUUACUGUCGGCUAACUCUCGGUUUACUGUCGGCUAACUCUCGGUUUACUGUCGGCUUACUCUCGGUUUACUGUCGGCUUACUCUCGGUUUACUGUCGGCUUACUCUCGGUUAAUAAUCGGCUUACUCUCGGUUUACUGUCCGCUUACUCUCAGUACUCUAGGUUUACUGUCGGUUAACUCUCGGUUUACUGUCGGCUUACUCUAGGCUUACUCUCGGCUUACUCUCGGUUUACGCUCGGUUUACUGUACGUUAACUCUCGGUUUACUGUCGGCUAGCUCUCGGUUUACUGUCGGCUUACUCUCGGUUAAUAGUCGGCUUGCUGUUGGCUUACUGUCCGUUGUCCUCCGUGAACUGGAAUGAAAGCACUGGGCCUCG